CGAGGGCGCACGCCUCGGGAUGGCUCGUACCAUAGAACCGCUGGCAAAGAAGAUCUUUAAAGGAGUUUUAGUUGCUGAACUUAUGGGUGUUUUCGGAGCUUAUUUUUUGUUUCAAAAGAUGAACACGAGCCAAGAUUUCAGGCAGACAAUGAGCAAGAGAUUUCCCUCUGUUUUGGAAGUUUAUUACAAAUCUAUUGAAUACUCUGGAUUGUAUGGAGUCAGAGAGAAAGAUCAAGAAAAAUGGCUGGAUAGUAAAAAUUAAGGAUUUGGUUACUGAUCAAGAAUUUACCCUUAGAAGAAAUACUACAGAACCUGGCAAAACUGAAAUUCCCAAGUUGACAUGGAUGGAAUUUGUAAUACUUAAGGCAAAAAUGUACAUUUUAAUUCAGAGGGGUUGCUCUUUGAACUUGGAAAAAGUUGAUUAAGUA